AUGAAAUGUGAAAGCCAACUAUAAAAAUAAUAAAAUUGUUAUAAUUUUAAAGAUUUUCUUAAGCAAAAAUUAAUGACACAUGUCCUUUAUUUUGGAGUAGGAGAAUUUGCUCUCUAAAUGUAAACCAUAACAGUUGAAAAUUAAAAAUUGCAAAGAAUAAUUUUCCCUUAAAACAAAUAUUCAAAAGAUCCAAGCAAAACAUAUAAAAAGGGAGAACAAGAGUUAUGUUUUAUUAGUGUGCAUUGUUGUGAGUAGAACACAUUUCUGAUAGACAAUUAAUACAAUUUGUGGGGCUUUGGAAGUUCAUAGUUUUCAUAAUUGGGUUUGUAACAGUCCUCAGUAGUGAGUCCAGUUAACAUCUCCUAAAUCACCUAAAAUUUAUAUAAAUCUGUGAGUGCUGGGACUGGUUAUGUAGUAGCCUAUUCAACUAAUAAGAAACUUUAUGUUUGGGGGAAUUGGCAUUAGCUAAAUUAUGGGGAAGUCUUAAAACUAUCAGAAAAGCAAGGUUAUUCUGAACAAAUUGAUUAGCAAUAUUAAAUUAGCUGUCUAGAUAUAACCUAUAAUUUUUCAAUUAUAAAGAAUACGGAAAAUGAGAGAAGAUAAAGUCAUUUGCCAAAUCAUUAAGCUGAAAUUUUGGCUUUGAAAUGUGUAGGAACAACAACAUAUUUAUUAACUCCCAAUUAAUUAUAUUAUUUAGGUCUAUAAUUACAGUUUCCAGUAUAAUUUGUUGGUAUAGCAUGUGGUAAAAAACAUGGUUUGGGUUGGGAUGAUUUUGGAAGAGUAUGGAGUUGGGGUGAAUUUGCAGAUGGUAAAUUAGGAUACAUGGACUUCAAGUUGUAAGAUUAGAAAGAACCCAAACAAAUUGAAAAUAUAACAAAUAACAUAGUAUCAUGUGCUUGCGGGUUAAAUUAUAGUAUAGCAUUGGACGCCAAAGGGGAUAUAUAUGGAUGGGGAAAAGGGCCAUUUAAAAUGGAUUUGUCAAUAGCAGUUACACCCACUAAGUUGUGUCAAAAACAAAGACCUUUUAUAAAGAUAAUGGCAGGGGAUUCUCACUUUGGAGCUCUAGAUUUACAAGGCUAACUUUAUGGAUGGGGAAUCAACCAAAAGAAUUGUUUAGGCAAUUUAAAAGAUAAAACAAGGCAUCCCCAACUUUUUGAAUUAAAAAAUAUCAAAGUUAUUGAUGCAGCUAUGGGGUCAACUUCAACAGUAUUAAUUGUACCCAGUAAUGAAAAUUAUAAAAUACCUAAUUUGAACAUAGAUCAAUACACUUCACAUCAGUAAAAGAGAAUUAAAGAGGAAACUGCUUUUAUGAAAGAAUUCGCUGAUCGUAAAAAUAGACUCGAUUAAAUCUAAUUUAAAUCUCCAACUUAAAACUAUUGUGAUACUCCAAUCUCAUUUAAAAGUAGCUCGAAUUAUGAAGAAGCAGUUUUCCUUUUAAAAAGAAUGAAAAGUUAGGCAGACUCUUUAAAAGACAAUCUAAGAUUUAAAAAUACUCCUAGUUCAGUACAUUUUACAACAGAUAUUCCUACUUCAUAGACUUAAACCACUUAUCAAGAUUACGAUGAUGUAACAGCUCGAUUAAAGUAAUUGGAAAAUGAGAAUUAUUUAUAUAUACCAUUAUGUUAAAGCACUACUCCUAUUACUAGUUAACCAAUUAAAUAGAAUGAUGAGCACGAAGAUCUUUCGAAUUAUGAGAAUGAUAUGCUGAAACUAUAAUAUAUACUUAUGGUUAAAUCCUAAGAUGAAUCUAAAUUAUUGGAAAAUUUAUUAAAUGAUCCAAAGAAACAUUAAUCGGAAACUAUAAAUUAAUUUUUCUUGAAAUAAAGGAUUCUGAAAUAUAAAUAAAAUGAUAAAGGGGUGAAUGAUAAAAAGAAAUUUCAUGAUAAAUAUGAUACAUUUGAUCCUUAUUUUUUAGUUAAUGUGAAAAGGGAUGUUAAACUUUUGAAUGAACAAAGAAAAGAGAUUUUUUUUGUUAAAUAAAAGCAAAGAGAAUAAUUAAAUAAAGAGAUUAGUGAGAAAAUGCAGCUAUAGAAGCAUCCUCUCUAGAGCAGAGAUGAAAUUACUAAAUGCAUUUAACAUAAAGCUCUUGAGAAGGAGUAAAAGUUAAGAUUGGUGCAAUUAAAAAAGAAAGAAAAUUAUGUUGGGAAGAUGAACUUUUUACAAUAACAAAUCUUAGAGAAAACCCCUGAAUUCAAAUAUAAGAAAAAACUUGAUACUAUCAAAACAAAAUAGAACUUACAAAUAUUAAAUAUGAUUCUAAUCUAUUUAAACACUGAAAACAUAUGUUAGAUGAUUUAAGAGACUAGUCAACGUGGCUUGGAACUCAAAAGAAUGAUGUUCAAAGAACACAUGAAGGCAAGAGUCAUCCAAAAUACUAUUAGGAAAAGAAAUGUUAUUCAAAGAAUCAAACAAAAACUAGGGUUAAGACAAAAGAAGAUAUUACUCUCAUUCAUAUUUAGAUUUAAAAUCAAUUUCAGAAUUAAAUCCAAAUAUGGAUAUCUAAGAAAAAUAAAUUUGUUCCAUCUUAAAAAUUAACUCAGGGUUAAAGUAGCCAUAAAUCUAAAAUCCAUUACUCUUAAAACUGAAACCUUAUAAAAAUUUUGUAAGUUGUACAAUAAUAUGUUUUAUGUUUAAUUAAGUUAUUUAAACUAUAAAUGGGAUGAGUAUCUGAAAUACUGCUGUAAAGGAAAUAUGCCAGAAAAAGAGAGAGAUGAAAUCAAAUAGUAUGAAUUACCAAACUUACUUGAGAAAUAGAGUCAUUUAAUUAAGAAAUUAACUGUUCCAUUAAAAUGUAAAAACUGUUUUAUAAGUGAGUUAAAAUUAUAAUAAAGGCCUGUUUUAAAGGCUACAGAAUUGAAAACAGGUUUAUUGAAAAAAGUGAAGACUAUUGUUUAAAUUGAUGAAGAUUUUUAAGAUGUUGAAUUAAGGAAUUCUGACAGGGUUCUAUUGCCGUAUACAAGAUAUGUUGAAAAUAUAGCGCUUUCUGUAGCAUCUAAGGUUAGAUUUGAUUAUUAAAUGAUGACAUAAUUGGAUGUUCAUGAGAAGGUAUUUAUGGAAGAGUUGAAUGUAAAAUUUGAAGUCUUAAAAGAAUAAUUAGAGAAAAUAAGAAGAGAUCAUUUCCUAUCAAUGAGAGAAUUUUAUGUCAAAUUAAAUGAGUAUAAGGAAAAUCAUAAAUAAUAAAUAAAUAUCGAUAGAGGAAAAGCUAUGAUUAGAUUCAAAGUAGAUGGUCCAGAAUUCAAAAUACUCAAAUAAAAGGAUGAUUAAGAUCUAAAAUUAAUUUUAUCGAAAAGGGAAAUGGCUCGAAAGAGGUAUGGACAAAACUCAAUAAAAUAUAAAGAUAUUAUUUUUAAUAAAAUUAGAUAACUUCAAUAAGAUCAGCACCCAUUUCCUAAUUUAAUAAUAAAAUUAGCAGAAAACAUGUGUGCAGAUAUCAGGCCCAAAUUUAGAGUAAAACUUAACCAACUUGAAUGGACAAGAUUAUUCAGUUAGUACCAAUAGGAACUUAAAUAACGAUAUACUACUAUAAUGAAUGAAGCAAGGAAAAAUAUCUCUAUAAAGACGAAGUAAAUAAAAUCAAAAAAAGUUGUUUAGAGAACAAGAGUUCUUAAAACAGAAUCUUGA